GCGGCGAUGACGCCAUCUCCACGUCGCCGGUCCGCAGAUCAAGAUGGCGGCGGCGGCAGUGGACGGAGAGGCGGCGGGCGACGGAGCCACGAAGCCGCUGUUUGCAGGUCUUGCAGAUGUGUCAAUAUCAGAAGACAUCCCUGUAGAAGGAGAAAUUACUGUUCCUGUGGGCUCUAAUACCCCAGACGAAGACUUUUCCACAUUAGAUGAACCAGUAAAAGAUACCGUUAUGCGGGAUUUAAAAGCAGUUGGAAAGAAAUUUGUCCAUGUCAUGUAUCCCAAAAAGAGCAGCGCCCUCCUCAGAGACUGGGAUUUAUGGGGUCCAUUAAUCCUGUGUGUUUUACUUGCACUAAUGCUUCAGGGAGGAGCAGCAGAUAGCACAGAAGACAGAGGCCCUCAGUUUGCAGAAGUGUUUGUGAUCAUCUGGUUUGGAGCAGUUGUCAUAACACUAAAUUCCAAGCUCCUGGGAGGAACCAUAUCUUUCUUCCAGAGCCUUUGUGUCCUGGGCUACUGCAUCCUGCCCCUCACCGUGGCUCUUUUGGUCUGCAGGCUUGUACUGAUAGCAAACAGUGGAACCGUUGGCUUCAUUGUGCGUCUUUUAGUCGUAAUAACAAUGUUUGGCUGGUCAACUCUAGCCUCUACGGCCUUCCUGGCAGACAGCCAACCCCCAAACCGCAAAGCUCUGGUCGUCUACCCCAUUUUCCUUUUCUACUUUGUCAUCAGUUGGAUGAUUCUCACCUUUACGCCGUAGCGAAGGCGCUCUCGGCAAAGACGGCAAAACCGAAUGAAGGUGUUUUUGUUGCUUUCCAAUGAAAACUUCUCUCUGUGGCUGACCUGCCCGCCUCUUGCUCUGUUUCUUCCGAUAUUUAUAAUGAAUGUUGUGAAAAGGCCGGCAGGUUCCUUCACGAAAGGCCUCCAACUCCCUCACUCCUGUUCCUUUGAAGAGCACUACUGAUGCCUCUCCCGACUGAGUUCUGUUUUCUACUGAUUCUGUGUGAGCCUCCAGUAAGGAGAAAGGCUAGAUGUAAUCGUAUCUUGGGCCAUCAAGAUAGUUGACAAAAGAAAAUAUGGACUAUAUACAGUUAUCGGAUUUAUCAGAUGGCCGCAGGUCUUCUUUAGGAGAAUGCUGUCUUGCAGUUUCAGAACGUUUGAUUUCUUGGGAUGGGAAAUGCUAUCCAGUUUCACUUAGUGUCCAAAAACUAAAAGGAAAGGGUGCAAGAAAGAGGCGUUGUCUUUUUUUUUUUUUUUUAGUUUUUUCAUCUGUUUUUAAUUGUUCAAAUUAGCGCACUCUCUUCGCUCCCUGCGCAUGGGUCCAAAAGGUCUUGUGGAAGAAGACAAGAAUAAAGCCAUUUGGCCCAGAUCAGCCACAAGAGAUCUUGGAUCUCUCUUUAAUGCAGGAGACGAAAAAAUAAGUUGCACCAGAAUAAUCAACAGCUACCGUUAAGUGUAGAGAUGCCGAGCAAUUCUGGCACGGGAGGUCUUGAUCCUGGAAACACGAAACACGAAGUUCAACUUCUGACCCUCCGAGUGGAGCCUGGUCAACAGUAAGGAUUUCAGCUGUGUCAGACCUGGCAUCCCGCUGCCUGUCUUGCAGGGAUGUUUGGUCUUCUAGAAUGACUUGUGAAUAGGGUUACGGGCUUCCUUUGUGAGUUCUCUGACUUUUUCAUUAUAAAAUGAGGAAACUUAUUUAUGUAGCAAGGUGUGGCACAAGCUGUACUUUCUGGUUUCUGCACAUUCACAUCCAUUGUGAAGCCUCUGGAAGAAGCUGCUCUUGAAAUGGAAUUCUUUGUUCUUGCCUAGCGAGAUGUAGGCGGUAGCUGACAGCUUACUGAUACGCAGUUUAAUUCACAUGGUGUAAUACUUUAUUUUGUAUUAUUAUAUUACCUGUUAAAUUAAGUUUGUUUUCUUGCAUACUUGUCGGGGUUUUGAAGAGUAAAAGCUGUUCUAUAUAAUAUAUAAAUUGCUUCUUUGUGUUUCUUACUGAAAAUAUCUGCAGUUUUUUCUUUACUAUGGGUUUUACAGGCCCCAUUUUUAUUUUCCCCUAAAAUUCCAGCUGUUGGGCCUUUGUUUCUCUCAGGUAAAUAAAGUCUGGGAUAAAUGGCUUUGUUCUCCUUGCUUUGUUUGCCAUCAAAUGUAGAAAAGAGCAAGUUGAUAUGGAAUAUUAUUUCUAUUCAAAUGUAAAGGUAUCUGUGGGGAGACCUCUUUAAAGAUAUUUCUGCUUAUAACAACCUGAAUUUAAAUAAUCUCUGUGUAAGGAAAGUUCUUUUUAAAAUACUUGCUGGAUCCUUUAAAAUUAAUCUUCCUUGGGAAAAUUUUAUUUCAUAUAUCAUUCUAAUUAGACACAAAUGUCAACUUUAUCCUUCUCUGGAUCAAUAUAUGUUAUUCCAGAUUUGGCCUGGAAAUAAAACUUUACAUGGUAAUUUAGAGGUGAGAUGGGCAGCAUAUACAUUUAACAAAUAAACAGUUUUCUUUUGAAUCAGA